UAGGAAUGCAAUUGCAGUUGGCCAUUUUGUACCUGCAACCAGUGAUGAAUUGUCGUCGAUUAAGAGCUGCAAAAUUAUUAAGGUAUUGUGCGUUUUAUAUAAUUCCUUUAUCAAUUAUCUGUUGUGUAACGUAUUGCGGUUUAUAUUGGGCAUUUUCUCGCGAUGUUCGGUAAUUGUAUGUUUGGAACGCAACCAAAAUUGCAUAUGAAAUAUUUGAAUUUGUACCAGAGCCAACUUCAUGAUUGUUUUCCUAACCUAAUGAACCUCAUGGUGAAUUAAAGUUCAACCAACAUGGAUGUGGAAGUUAGGUAUAUAGAUGAUAGCAAGGGAAAUGGUUUAUUUGCCAAGAAAAACUUCUCUGAAGAUUCUAUACUCUUCGAAGAAUCUCCAUUGGUCUGUGUGCAAUUCUCCUGGAAUGCUGAGUAUGGGUAUAAAGCAUGUGAUCAUUGCUUGAAACCCUUGGAGACUGCCGAAGAGAAUGUGAGGAGGUUAACAGGAAAGACAGAAAUUGUUCUCCCAUAUCCAGAAUUGUGCACAACAAACAAAUCAACUAUAACUCAAUGUUCAGGUUGUGGUGUGGAAUACUGCAACGCUGAUUGCCAAGAGAAGGCUUUCAACCAAUACCACAGGACACUCUGCGUGCAGACUGGACCUUUGCAAUGUUUGAACGACGCUUGGAAGCAAAUCCACUAUCCACCAGAAACCGGCAACGUGAUGCUGAUUCCAAGAAUAUUAGCCACAAUUCAACAAUCCUGUGAUAAAGAGAACACUCUGAAUAGGUUCUUGAAGUUCUGCCAUCGCAGCGUCAACGAUGAUUCGCAUUUAGCGCAUAAAUUGUUGGGUGAAAAGUUCGCCAAUCAGAUUUCCACUUUGCAUUCGUUGUUGGUGCAAUCGAUGCCGCACGAGCACGUCAGCCAACUGUUGAGUCCGGAAGGGUUUCAAAGUCUUUUAGCGUUGAUGGGGACAAACGGGCAAGGUGUCGCCACGAGCCCUUUCAGCCAGUGGGUGGAGAAUGUUCCGGAAAAGGAUCUAGUUAGUAAGCUGUACGAGGACAUGGACGCCAAUGUUGGUAGUUUCUUGGAUAACGAAGGAGUGGGUUUGUUCGAAACGCAGAGCGCUGCAAAUCACAGUUGCCUUCCGAACGCCGAAAUCGUUUACAGACAUAACAACAGCACUUUGAGUUUGCGAGCCCUGAGAGAUAUUGAAGCAGGUGAAGAAAUUUGCAUUAGUUAUGUGGAUGAAUGCACUUUGUCAAGUUCGAGGCAUUCGCGACAAAAAGAGUUGAGGGAGAACUACUUGUUCAAUUGCAAUUGCCCCAAGUGCUUGGAACAGGCCGACGAUCCUGAUGUAACAAGCGACGAAGACAUGUCGGAUUCCGAUGAAUAAAAAAUAUACAUAUUUUUUUUUACGUUAAAAA